CUUCCUUCUAUGUGAUCGUAGAAUUUGAUGCUUGUUGUUUUGUGAGAACUGUCAUUUGCUAUAUUUUGCAGUUCCCAACAAGUACAUUCCAACGAAUCUUCAGUUAGAUCCUUAUCUACGUUAUUCCUCUGAGUCUGAAGAUGCGAACAGUAGACAUACAGUUUCCUCACUUGUUGGAUCCUACUCUAGAUCACAGAGUUGAGAUGUUUCUGGAGAAGCAGAUUGGACAGUCUGUGGAACUGGACUUCUACAAUCAACACAAGAUGCUAAAAUCCAGUUCUGUGAGGCCAUCUGUGUCUGACUCUGCUCUCCUCACCAAUGGUCUUAGAAUUCAUGAAAGUGUUGACAUGUACAUUACUGCUGCAAGAAAACUGGAUGAAAUAAGGAGAAAGAAGUUUCCCUUUCUCACCACAGGAACUGCGUUCAAAUGUUCACAAAAUCCUGGGAAGUCUUUCUCUGACUCUGAUCUAAGUCUUGUCAUUACAUCCGACAGCAGUAUCAGCCUCCAGUCCAGCUCAAGUAUAAGUGUGAACCAUGGACAGGAACAGGAAGACUUAGAACCACAGCCAGGACCCAGUGGUUGUGUGCCUGAGGCAGGAUCCGACAGUAGUAUCAGCCUCCAGUCCAGCUCAAGAACCAUGGACAGGAACAGGAAGACUUUGAACCACAGCCAGGACCCAGUGGUUCACUGUGUGCUGGUCCAAGCCUGUUCUGCAUGUUCUAGCACAUCCUCCCUGUACAGCACAGAAAGUGAAGUGAAUGUCUUCUUCGAUGAUCAGGAAUCUAUCCUAUCUGCUGUAUCAAGUGUUUUGUCAUUGCACAUGGACUACAACCAGUGGGACUGGAAUGAGAAAGAUGAACUUGUUGGGCCUCUUGGUGAUGAUGGAUGGGCAAUUGGAUCAGCAGAGGUUAUCAUUGAUGUUGAUGACACUCUUGAAUUUAACAUGCAGUAUCCUCUUCAACCUGAGGGUGAGAGACAAGCUCCUACUAUCCCCAACAGGACACCCAGUGAGUCUGUGUUGUGUGACAGGAAGAGGAAGUACUAUGAUGAGAUGGUGAGUGAUCAUCCCAACAAGAGGCCACGAGCAUCAGUCAGUGACACUGCAAUUUCCAGCCCCCCUCAAAAGCAGAGGCACCACGGCAGCCCAGGAGACAUAUAA